AUGGACGCAGAAACUCCCGGCCCGUCCCCUGCUCAAGCACCUGCACCUGGUCGUACAGAGGGGCAUUAUCGACUUCCGCAUCAUGCCAGGGAGAUUGAUCGAUUGCGCCGCCAGCACGAGCACAUCAAGAGCUGCUGCAAUGGCGAGCUGCUUGGCUUUCCCUUGCCGCCUUCAACCCAGCCUCUCCGGGUGCUAGAUAGCGGCUGUGCAGACGGCAACUGGCUUCUGGACUUUGCAUCCCAGCAUCCGCAACGACAAUUCAGCCUGCAUGGUGUUGACAUCGGCUCCCAAUUGUUUCGGGACGACCCCAGGCUAGACCUUCGCAAGCACAACAUUACCCAGCCUCUUCCUGAGGAGUGGAAAAACUCCUUUGACAUCAUCCACCAGCGUCUUCUCGUCUGGGCCCUCAAGAAAACCGAGUGGCCCACUGCCAUCCAGAAUCUGCGCGACGUACUGAAGCCCGGUGGACGCAUCCAGCUUGUGGAGUGUAACUGGCUGUAUCCUGAAGUUUGGGCACCGGAUUCAGAACUGCGUGGGCUUGCGCUGCUCAAACUCUGGUCAACCGAGUCGGUGGGUAUGGAUUGCUAUGUUGGCGAGAAGCUGGAGAGCCUGCUGGAGGAGGCAGGGUUUGAGGAUGUCACUGCGGUUUGUCAUGAACUGGCAUACGGAGCUGCCGUCAAGAUACCAGAAAAUCGAAAUCGAUCGGUGGAGUUCUGGGAAGAAGCGCUUCGCCAUCAAGCUACUCAAAUGGGGGGUUAG